CCAACGAAUUUGAACCGCGGUGUACGCGCGUUGUCCAAGCUUCUGCGGGCUCGCGGGUUACCUUUUCUAACACUUGCCCUUGUAACCGACGGCGUUUGUGCGCCGUUAGCUUGCUGGCAUUAGACAGGCAGUUCCGAGCGUGCCAGAGUGAACUGGCGGUGCAAUGGAGGGUGACGGCGGCGACUGGGAGCUGUCCAAGGAGAACAUCCAGCCGCUGAGGCAUGGCCGCGCCAUGUCGUCGCUGCAGGCAGCACUGGCUCCACAGUGCCAAGAAAACCUCAGGCAGAUACGACGCACUCCUGUGCUGAUCCCAGGCUCGCGGCAAGCCCUCAGAGAGCGCAAGAACUCUGCCGACGUCUACAACGGCAACCGCUUUGACUGCUGGGAGGUCCCGCUCUGUCGGCCUGAUCCACCAGACCUGCCCACGCGGCCCAUGUAUGACAAAGCAAUCGUCUACCGGGGCACCACGGAGUUCCAGUUUGAGGAAAUCCGCAUGGCUAAAAUUCGGAUACGGCAGCGGAGGCUGUUGGAGCAGCGGCUGGAGGCCCAGCGAGACCGGUGUGCACAGAUGGAGCUGGAGCAACUUCAGCGCCAGGAGAGAGAGCAGUCUGAACGCGACCAGCAGGUUGAGGCACUCAGGUGUGAGGUGCUGCAGUUGCGCCAGGAGCUGCAGAAGAUGCGUAGCAUGCUUGCCAAGACCAGGAGCGGCACCAGGGACCAUGCCGUGAUGACCAGCAGGAUAGUAAAUCUCGAGCAGAGCAUCCUGGUUGCUGAACAAUCCAUCCUGGUCAGUCCUUCCUUGGGCAAUGCCCUGAAGGACAGGGCCCUUGGCCAACCUGAGGAAGCACCAUCCGGCACCCCGAGUGUUCACCAGGCGGGAGGGGCUGCGAGUGCUGAAAGCACCCAGAGUGGCACGAGCCUAGGAACAGCUGAUGUGUCGAACGUCGUGCGCAGCCUCUGGAACUGCACCUUGGCACAAUCACGCCUGGAUCAGCCAUCACUGAGCCAACAAGAUCGCACGGUGGAAGCAGCAGCAGCAGCAGCAGCAGCAGCAGCAGCAGCAGCAAGUAAUGCAGAGGACGAGGCACAAACAGAGACCACUCUUGAAGGUGCUGUUGUGGGUGUUGCAGCUACGCCUUUUGAGGUGUUCUGCGAGCCCACCCACACUGGGGGGCUCUCCUGCAGUGCCCAACCUCCACCGACGGGUGCUCUGGUAGAUGGCGUCAAUGAUGAGAACAGGCGCCCUGCAGAUUGCGGUCCACCUGAGCCUCCAGUGUGGGCAGAGCCACUUGAGCAAAGGGUGCCCUUCGCCGAACUGGUGAAUGUCACAUUUCCGGAGCCUGGAUCACGCAAUGACAAGGUCCUGAUCCGAGGUCCGAAGGAGGAUGUGGAGGCAUGCUACCGGCAUUUGAGCCAGAUAUGCCAGGAGCUGCAGGCCUCAAGCCAUCGUGAGGACCUUGUGCUUUUCAAGCAGUUCCUCAAGCAUCUUCAGGGCAAGGGCCGGCCGCUGGUGCGGCGAAUCCAGCAGGAGACGGAGGCACGAAUCGACCUGCCCCUCGAGUCAAGCAACUCGGACGUGGUCAUGAUCACGGGCAAGAAGGAGAGCGUUGCCGCCGCCAAGGAUAAGCUGCUGGAGGCCCAGCGGGAGCAGGCCGAUGUCAUAGAGGUGCACCUGAUGAUCCCCUGCAACCUGCACAGUGCCAUCAUCGGGGCCAAGGGCCGCCUCAUCCACUCCAUCAUGGAGGACUGCGGCCGUGUCCAGAUCACGUUCCCCCAGCAGGACUCUAAGAGCGACCGUGUCACCCUCAGCGGACCCAAGGAUGACGUCGACAAGGCCAAGAAGCAGCUGCUCAACCUGUCCAACGAAAAGCAAUUGUCCAGCUACACAGAGGAAGUUCGGGCGCAACCAAAACACCACCGUUUCUUGAUUGGCAAAAAUGGUUCCAACAUUCGCAAGGUGAGGGAGAAGACGGGUGCAAGGAUCAUCUUCCCAUUAGAACGUGACGAGAACCAGGACACAAUCGUCAUCAUUGGCAAGAAGGAGGCUGUGCUGGACGCAAAGAAGCAGCUUGAAGAAAUGAUUGAAAGCCUGGAGAAAGUUGUGGAGGAGGAGAUGCACAUUGACCCCAAGUACCACCGCCACUUCGUGGCGCGGCGUGGCGAGGAGCUGCAGCACAUCGCCAACGAGUUUGGCGGUGUGCAAGUGAGCUUCCCGCGCAGCGGCGAUCACAGUGCCGUCGUCACCCUCAAGGGGGCCAAGGAAUGCGUCGAGGGCGCUCGCAAGCGCAUUCUUGAGAUUGUCCAGGAUCUUGAAGCCCGGGUCACCAUCGAGUGUGUCAUCCCGCAGCAGCAUCACCGUACCAUCAUGGGCGCCAAAGGCCACAAGGUUCAACGCAUCAACCAGGAGUUCAACGUGCACAUCAAGUUCCCCGAGCGCGACUUCCGUGAUCGGGAGACGCUGGAGAAUGGAGACGUGGCGGUGAACGGCGAUGCGGCCACUGAGGAGGAGCCAAGCAAGCCGCGCAAGGAAGACCUGAUUCUCAUCACGGGCAAGCAAGAGGACUGCGAUAAGGCACGCGAAGCCCUGCUGGCUCUGGUGCCCGUCACUGAAGAGCAUAUGCAGGAGGAUCAGGCUGUGGACGAUGAUGAGGAUGUCCUGCAGGGUAUCAAACCCUUGGAGGACGAGGAUAAUUUCACCUAUGCAGCAUCCAAGAGCUUUGCCCGCAAGGUGACCUCGACCCCCUGCGCGACGGACCGCACGGUGCCCCAGGUGGGCGAGGACUUCAUGGUGGGCGGUCUGACUGCACUUGUCCAGGGGGUGGCCAUCUGUGAACCCUCUCCACGUGCCUCCUCAACAGCAUUUGCACAGCCGUGCCUGGUGGAGCCUCUUCUGCAGCCACUGCAGCAGGUGCCGCAGGAACUUUGCAACUCGGAAUAUCUGCAGCCCUGCCCUCCUGCUGUGCAGUCAGCUGUGGAAUUGCCCCCCGCUCCUGACACUGGCAACAGUCUACCCCUAGCCAAGCGCCGGUUCUCUGUUGCUGCUGCUGCUGGGGACCUGAGCACCAUCCUGGAGUGUAGCAAGGAGGGCAAGUCGAGCAGCAACAGUGGAGGCAGCAGCUGUUCGAGCAGCUCGUCCCAGCACUCGGUGGGCGUGGCCACACUGAGCACCACCACUGGCCGACCCCCGACUGGCGGCAGCUCCACCUUGCCCGCCGUCCAGGAGGAGCGUGACGACAGCUGUGGUGGCGUCUCCAUGGCAACGCCAGCACCACAAGAGCAGCAGCAGCAACGUGGCGAGGGGAUAGAGCAAGCAGCGUCGCCUGUGGGUUGCAAGGACCCGUUUUCAGAGGAGGCGCGGUGCAGCAUAUUGACCUUGUGGCAGCCACAGCAAAGCGACCAAGAGCAGCUCUGCGAGUCAUCUGGCAAGCGCCCUGUCCUCAAGGAAGAUGCGCAGAUCACUCUGGGUGGCCAGGAGGUGAAGGUGCUCCACCACUUGGCAUCGAGCGCUUAUGCGCAGGUCUAUCUUGCACUGAUAUUGAACACCGAAGAGACAUACUUGGACGAUGAUGAAAGUUUUGAAGCACCUUCCCAGAUGAAGGUUGUGCUGAAGGCGCACAACAGCAGAACCAAUGCCUACUGGGAGACCUACAUCUACUGCGAACUGCAUCGGCGUUUCAACGAGGCCUUAUCGGGGGCACCUGCGAGUUGUGUGGUAGACUUGCAACUAGCCUGCUUCUUCAACAAUGGCGCCAUCCUGGUGUUCCCGUACAGCCCCUAUGGAACACUUUUGGAGCUGGUGGCCCGUUACCAGAAGCAAGGCCGCCGCAGCAUUCCCGAGUGCCUGGUGCUCUACUUUGCCCUCGAGUUGAUCACCACCCUGCAACAGGUGCACUUGUGUGGCAUCAUCCACGCAGAUGUGAAGCCUGACAAUGUAGUCAUCGUGGAUUUCCCAAGCAAGGCAGGCUUCCUCGACCGAUUUACUGAGCAGGGGACCAGGUGCCUGCAGUUGAUUGACUUUGGACGUGCCAUCGACAUGAGCCAGCUGGCCCCUGGCACUACAUUUACCAACACGGUGACAACAGAUGGCUUUGUGUGCACCGAGAUGCGCGACGGUCGCCCGUGGACCUUCCAGACUGACUGGUUUGGCCUUCUGGGAUGCCUGCACGUGCUCUUGUUCGGAGACUACAUGGAAAUCGAGAAGAUGCCCACUGGCACCUGGAGCAUCAGGCACAAGUUCAAAAGGUGCAUCUCUUUUGCCAGGGGGGUGUAUUGCAGAUCUGGUCACUGCUUGUACGCAAAUCCAAUUAUGACAUAUUUGUCUGUAUGCUAAAAACAGCUUGAUUCU